AUGUCGGCCGUCGUUCCCCACCUCCGGUCCCUGCGCACGCAUCUGGCCCGCCUGCGCGCGGCGUCGCCCGGCGUGCUGUCGUCGAGCGUGCUGUCGUCGAACCUGCUGCUGUGGCUGCAGCCGCACCGGCUCAGCGUAGCCACAAGCUCAAGGCAACCCUCUGGCGCACAGGCCGCACGCAAUCAGGCCAGUUACCAGCGCGGCAGCGACCUGGCCGCCAGCCUGGCCACGCGCGUGGCCGAAGCCCGGCGCCUGCAGACCCAGUAUGCCCGCAGUUUCGAUGAUGCUGACCGCAACCAGUUGCUGGCCACACAGAAGGCACUGCAGGCCGACCUGCAGGCGCUGCGCGCGAUACCGAUGGAUGCCGGGCGGCGCAAGGCGCUGCAGGUGCUGACCGAAGCCGCGGACGCGUUCUCUCAGGGCGUCGCGGCCCUGUUCGAACGGGUCGACGAGAUGGGCCGGGGUGAUGCCGGCCUUGCCGCGCAGCUGCAGCAGGCCGCCGACACCCUGCAGGCGCAGGUCGAUGCGCUGCAGCGCCCCUUGCUGGCGCUGUCCCUGCAGAAGAUGCGCCGACAGGAAGCAUUGCUGCUGCUCGACGGUGACUCUGCCCAUGCCGACCGUGCCAGCGAAGAGAAGCUGCCGUUCGACCUCGCGCUGGCCGGCCUGUCCACCGAUGUGCAGGAUGCCCUGCGCAGCGGCAUGGAGGCCUAUCAGGUCGCCUUGCUGGUUACACCGCCGCCCGCGUCGGCCUGA